UUAGUUUUAGUUAAAAAUCACAAAGCCAAUAAAAAUUCUAAAUUCAAAGUAGCUGACAGAGCGCCCUCUUCCUUGGAUAUUCCUUGGCCAUGGAUGAAGUACGAACACUUUAUCCCGAAGCUUACAAAAUCUGUCAGCAGUUCGAAAUAGAUCAACACAAAAUGGAGGAGAUUGUUCUGCGGAUGACCAGGGAAAUCUCCAUGGGUCUUGCAAAAGAGACGCAUCCAAGAGCUACAAUAAAGUGUUUCACCACCUACGUACAAGACCUGCCCUCUGGCCGUGAGAGAGGAAGAUACCUGGCGCUGGAUCUUGGAGGAACUAACUUUCGAGUUCUAUUGGUCACGUUGGAGUCCGAGUCCUCUGUUAAUAUCGAUGGCAAGACCUACAGCAUUAGCAAGGAGCUAAUGGAGGGUUCCGGUGUCAAACUAUUCGACUUUAUUGCGCAGUGUCUAUCUGACUUUUGCAAAGAACAUAAGCUCGAAAAUGCUAAUUUACCUCUUGGCUUCACAUUCUCUUUUCCAUGCAAGCAGCAAAGCAUUGACAACGGCACUCUAGUCGCCUGGACGAAGGGUUUCAAGGCUGAUGGCGUGGUUAACAAGAACGUCGUUGAGUUGCUUCGUGAAGCUAUCACCCGUCGGGGCGACCUUAAGGUCCAAAUCGUGGCCAUUCUCAACGAUACGACGGGAACUUUGAUGUCCUGCGCCUUUCACCGGCAGAAUUGUAAAAUCGGUAUGAUUGUGGGCACGGGAAGUAACGCCUGCUAUGUAGAGAAGACAUCGAAUGUGGAAAUGUUUCCGGGAUAUCAAAACAGCUCGAAACCCCAUAUGAUCAUCAACUGCGAGUGGGGCGCUUUCGGGGACAACGGCGUACUGGACUUUGUGCGCACUCGCUACGAUGUUGAAGUGGAUAGUCAUUCCAUUAAUCCCAAGAAACAGAUUUUCGAGAAGUGCAUCUCUGGCAUGUAUAUGGGAGAGUUGGUGCGUCACAUUUUGGUGGAGUUGAUGGACAAGGAUAUGAUUUUCAAAGGAGUAAAGUCGCAGACCCUGCAAGAAAGAGGCAGAUUUGAGACUCGUUUUAUAACGGAGAUUGAGUCGGACGAUCCGGGCAAGUAUCGCAAUGCUGCAAUGGUAAUGGAUAAUCUGGGCAUUAGAACUUCCAACGAAAAGGAUCUAAUGUGCCUACGCUAUAUAUGCGAAACUAUAUCUACGCGCUCCGCUAAAUUGGCAGCCUGUGGACUGGUCUGUCUGAUCAGGAAAAUGAAUGUCAAGGACUUGUCAGUGGGUAUUGACGGCAGUGUUUAUCGGUUUCAUCCACAUUAUCAUAGGCUAUUAAUGCAAAAUAUGAACUUGCUGCUGAAUGGCACUGUAAGAUAUGAGUUGGUUCUGUCUGAAGAUGGUUCGGGCCGUGGAGCAGCGCUCAUUGCAGCCGUUUGUGCGAAAGACUAGUUUCGUAGCAUUGAGCCUGCAACACGCAGCAGAAUAGUAAAAGCGCAAAAUUGAGUCGCUGACGCAAGUAAGAGCAGCUGAUGUACCUGAUUGUUGACGUUCCUGCCUGGCGCUUUAUUAAAUGCCAUAUGAUAUUUUUCAUUGAUAUU